AUGAGUCUUUUUGCAAAAAACAAAAAGAACAUAAAAUCUAUACAUCCUGACCACUUACCGAACCUUGGCUCAGUGACUGAAGAAGACUUCUCAUCCAUUUUUGAAACAGUGCCUCGAUUUUCACCAAGAGAGCCUUGUGCUAUGAAAGAUAAAUAUCGCAGAGCAGUUGGAAAAGAACGUGACCGUCCACGAAAGACCGACUUCUCAACCGAUAGCCAAGAUCUCACGAAACCUCAGAGCGCAGGUGUCACCGAAAAAACGGCUGUUGAUAUAAAAGGUUCGGCACUGCAAGGAUGGACGAAGUCGACGAUUAGCGCUAAAGCUUGA